AUGUCUGGUAUUGGUCACGAGGACGAGAUGCAGCCGCACAUGAUAAGGCCUCUCAAUGAUGAUCCCAAUCUGUCACUGGCACUUAUUCAUGCGCACUACCUUCUAGGAGUUACUACGGGAGAGCGCUUAUUGCCUCUCACAGCAGAUGAGGUGAGUUCAGCGAAGGAUGGGCUGCAGCAGAUCCGGACACGAGGCGUGGUGGCGGCGUCAGAGUCGGCAGUACAGCCCAUGUCUCUCUAUGCACAACAGACUACAAGUGCAGCUGGCCUCCAAACAGUGCUGCCUUCUAGCACAUCAUCUGCCCCUAUCGACGAGAUGCUUGAUCGUCUGGAGAGGGAGAUAUCGAAUCUUACUGGUUCGAAUGUUGCUGCUGAUACUGAGAGCAUCAUGGUGGCUCUUGGGAACCUGUCCCCAGAGCAGAUAGCAUCACUCCCUGAGAUGGUGCAGGCGGAGAUCAUUGGUCCGGUUUUCUCCAACUUCGCGGUCAAGUUCAACUGGCCAUCUAUUAAUGCCUUUGCGAGGACCAGUAUUAUCGGUCGAUGGUUGGGUUCUGGGUUUGGCUGUCUGGCGCACUUCAUUGUACAGGCAAUGGGUGGUGGCAUCUACUAUCGCCUAUGGGCUGUUUUGUUCUUCCUCCCUAUCACUUUCUUCUUCUGCAUGUCCCAGUCGAAUGGUGGAUGCAAGAUGAGUGAGCUUAUUAUGGGUCAAACAUCGCUAGUCUCCUCUGGUGUGGCUGUACUAUGGUUUGUCAACAACGGUUACAAGGAGGGAACUGCCUUUGCGGUAUUCCAAACCUUUGGUACCCUCACAUCGUUCAUUAUUCUUCAGCUACUUCAUCUCGCACACCUCCUCCCUGCCGACAGUCCCCCACCUUUCCAACGGUUCAGCUACUCAGCAGCCAAUCUCUAUGACAUAUUGACGUCAUACAUAGUAUCUGGUGAUGAGCAUACCGAGCUGCUGCGCUCGGCCUAUGAUGACUUCCUUCGCGCAUGUGUCAGUAUUGCGUCUCAUCCUGUAACUGCUGAUGUCAACACGCCAGCGUGGGAGAUGGUAGCGGACUUAUUUUCGCUCAGACAGAACUUGAAGUCUGGCAAGUUCUCUGAUCUCAUUCUAGAGAACUACUGGCAACCAAUGGCAGCUGAUUUGUUGGAAUUGAGGAGCAGCGUGGGUCUCGUCUUGCGCUCCAUCUAUGAAACGGAGCCGACAUUAAGGGAAAGAGCGGACGCUAUCAAUCUACGGGACCGGGCCAGAGUAUUCGAAGCCCAUCUUUUGAAGGUCAAUCGUAGCGCUGCAAGCUUAGUGACGAGUGGUGAUAUUGAGCCUCCGGACGACAACGAGUUCAUGCGGUUCCAGUCCGCUUUGGGUUCGGCGUUCUACUUCGCUUGUAGAGCUCAAGAUUACAGAGACGCUAGUCUGCAGCUACGCGCAAAAAAUAGUGAGCAGGCUGAGAGAUACUCUUGUCACCCCUUUGCUGGCUUUGCGGCAUGGUGGAAGGCUUGGUGGGCGGAGCCUUUUUUCAGAGGCCUUAAUGAGGGUGGUGGUGCUCGGCCUACGUUGAUUUAUGCAGCCCGGUUCACCCUCGCCGUCGUGAUUGGUGAAGUCGUCCUCGUUGUUGGUCAACACUACAGCGAGGGCGUCCGUCAACACGGCCUAUGGGGUAUCCUCCCUGUCUAUCUCUGCUUUUUGCCAACUUGUGGAGCAUCCUUACUGAGGGGCGGUCGAAGGACUAUCGGUACCCUGGCUGGUGCGGCUGUCAGCGUAAUCUGUCUCAGUGCUAACCCACAUGAUUCGGCGGCAAUCUUUGUCGAGAUGAUGAUCGUUGUGUUCAUUGGCAAAUCCGCCAGCUCUUACGGUGGUAUUGGAUAUGCUGGCACUGUAUUUAUACUCACUUGGUUUGUCGUCUGUAUGGGAUUGGCAAUAGGCACGACACUGCCGCCGGACCAGAUGAUGAUUGCCGCAGCCUGGAGGGCUGGUCUUACUGCUGCUGGCGGUAUAUAUGUUACGAUCUUCUCUGCGGUUUUCUUCCCGGAAUUUGCUGCUGUCCAUUACAAGCAGGCGGCGGCUCACACAGUCAAGGAGUGCAGUAACGGUGUUGAGGAAGCUGUCUUGCAGCUGGUACGGGCUCGUUCGGAGCUCAGAGGUACCCCUCUACACGACCCUCGAGAUGACUUCAGUCACGCUGUUUUCAAGUCGCUGAGUACUCAAGUGAAGUAUAGAGAAGAUGCUAGUGCUGAAAUCGCGAUGUUGGGUUCACUGAAAUUGUUGUCUCCUACCACUAAGAGGGUUCUGAGAAGACGCGCCGACAUAGGCAAACUAGUCAAUGAAGCUCUGGUAUUGCACAAUGCCCUGAUUGCGUCAUCUCUGUCUGUUACUGGUCCGGCGGCAAAGAUGCUAGACUGCAUCUUACCUUCUCUCAGGGACUUUGGUUUAUCCCUGCAAUCGUCUUCGGAACGGUUGUUUAUAGCUAUUAACGAGGAGAAGAAUAUCCCCCCAUUCAAGGAUGACGUUAAUGUGGCUGCUCAGAUGUGCUUGGAUACAUUCCUGAACGCUAAGAACCGACUCGUUGAGGAUUGCUUGGCCGGUUCGGAAGGCGCUGCAGAAAUCAUUUCCUCUGGUGGUUUCCGAAUCUACUACUUGGUGUAUGCUGUAACGGUUUUUGCAGGGAUGUGGACCAGUGUUGAGAAUCGCCUAAUAGGUCAACAGCCCCCAGUAGAGAUGGUCACGGAGUCUGUUGAUUCUUCCGACAUCUCUCUUUCCACAGCCGACUCCACUGACGAUGUGCCUGGGCUUGGCGUUCAUGAAGCCAGGAGACAGAGGGUAUUUCUCGAUGUCUCGCAGGGUGUUGCUAGGGAAAUUCCUUCGACCCCAGCCGUAGCAGUUCAUUGA